AUGGAUUUUAAUCCAUUUUGCGAGUCUGCAAAUUUUGUUGACCUACUAAACAGUCAACAAAAUGUGGUCUUUGGAAACGUGACAGACAGUGUUUCACUCUCUUCCUCCCAAUCUCCCUUCUUUGCCAGUCAAGGCCCCGAAGCUUCAAACUUUGCUGCUCAAGGCAGUCGUAAAGAAAGAAGAGCCUGGACGCCUACUGACGAUGUUGUUCUCAUCAGCUCGUGGUUAAACACGAGCAAAGAUACCGUAGUAGGGACUGAGCAAAGGUCGCUUGGAUUCUGGAAAAGAAUUGCGGCGUACUAUAAUGCCAGUCCUAAGCUUGAUGGGUCUGAAAAGAGAGAGGCAGCUGACUGCAAAAAUCGUUGGCAGAAGAACAAUGACAUCGUUUGCAAGUUUUGUGGAGCUUAUGAGGCUGCGAGCAGGGAGAAAACCAGUGGACAAAAUGAGAAUGAUGUUCUCAAAUUAGCCCACGAAAUCUUCUUUCACCAACCAUAA